ACGUUCUCGCGAAAUGUCAGCAGUUGCUUAGCAACGUGACUCUAACACAGCUGUACCUGUCCUGUGUCGGUCAGCUGUCUGUGCGGUCUGUCGAGGACGAAUAGGUAUAAUAAAAGUUUAUUUUUUCUUUAAUCUCAGCGCAGAAUUAUGACUGCUGUGGAACCCCAUUUUACCUUCGGUGUGCGGGCAGGUGUGAAGAAUAAUUUGUGCUUCACUGAUGAACAAACGGUGGUAUUCCCCUGCGGAAACAGCUGCGUGUGCUACAACACUGUGGACAGAUCACAGAGGAUCAUUCCAGGCAGAGAGAACAGCCUGGGCGUGCGUGCUUUGGCCAUCAGCUCCAACCGGCGUUACCUUGCAUUGUCAGAGUGUGGUGACAGGGCAGCCAUCACAGUGUACGACCUGCAGCAUGAACAUGGCAGAAACAGAAAAGUCCUAAGUGCUGGAGAUGCUGUUGUUGAGGAAUUUGUAUGCAUGGCUUUCUCCCCCGAUUCCAAGUAUCUGAUUGGUCAGAUGGGAGGUCCAGACUGGGAGCUGAUGUUCUGGCUUUGGGAAAAACAGAAGGUUCUGGCCUCAGUGAAGACCAGUAACCCCAGUAACCCUGUCACACAGGUCAGCUUCAAUCCCUACAACAACAUGGAGCUUUGUGUGAGUGGUCUUGGUGUGUUGAAGCUGCUCUGCUAUGCACACAGUGCUCUAAAACAAAGUAGCUUCCCAAAGGUGGGGUCUCUCAACUUCCUGUGCCACGCCUGGAUGACAGAGCAGCGACUGAUUGCUGGGACAGACACCGGCAGGCUGCUGGUGUUUGAGUCUGGAAACCUGCAAAGAGAGAUUAAUGUGACUGCCAACUCUGUUCAUGAGCAGCCUGACAGACAUUCGGAGGUGAAGAAGGUCAGAGACGCUGACAUGGAUGAAAGCCCCGCUGUGUCUCGAAUCACAGCAGUUCUGUCUUAUUCUAGAGGCUUUGCAUGUUCUGCAGCCCCCAGCACAAUCUGUCUCUUUGAGAAUAUCGAUGGGGACAGUUAUAUGAAGACAAAGGAAAUACAGAUCCCAUCAGAUCCACACAGCAGUGAGCAGAUGUCUGCAGAUUGUCAGGAAGUAGACACCAUCUGUGUGAGUCCAGCAGAGAACACUCUAUGUAUCAGCACAAAUAGAGGACAGCUGUACAGCUUCAACCUGACCUCUGAAGACACCGAAAAGGAGGAACAAGAAUAUUUUGACUUCCUGUGCCAGCCGUUCCACUCCAAGCCCAUCACUGGUUUGUCCGUUUGUUUUCACAAACCUCUCCUUGCCACAAGCUCUCUGGACUGCUCUGUCCGCAUCUGGAACUAUCAAACUCAAGUGUUGGAGCUGUACAACGAGUUCCAGGAGGAGGCACACAGUGUAACUUUCCAUCCUACUGGCCUUUUCAUCCUAGUGGGAUUUUCAGACAAACUCAGGCUAAUGAACCUGCUGAUUGACAACAUUCACACCAUUAAAGAGUUCACUGUACGUGGCAGCCAUGAGUGUGCUUUCAGUCAUGGUGGACACUUGUUUGCUGCUGUCAGUGGAAAUAUAAUUCACAUCUACUCCUUCACCACUUUUGAAAACAUUCUCAAUCUGAAGGGCCACAUUGGAAAGGUGAGGGCUGUUGACUGGAGUAUGGACGACAGCCAUCUGGUGUCAUGUGGGAUGGAUGGUGCACUAUAUGUGUGGAAUACACUGACCGGAAAGCGUGAGUCAGAGAAUGUCUUGAAGUCUUGCAGCUACACAAGUGUUUCCUUCUCUUCGGAAUGCAAGACUAUCCUUGCUGUGGGAACAGAUUUCACCUUGAAGGAGAUCCAAGACAGUCAGAUCCUGAGAGAGGUUCCUGCUGAUGAGGUCGCACACACCGCCAUCGCAAUAUCUCAUUCUGGUCGGGUUAUUUUUACUGGGACCUCUGUUGGUACAAUCAGGGCAAUUAAGUAUCCAUUACCCAUCAAAAAGGAAUGGAUCACGUACCAGGCACACUGUAGCCCCAUAACCAAGAUGGUCAUCACAUGUGAUGAACAGUUCCUGGUGACAGUGUCUGAAGACAGCUGCCUGAUGAUUUGGAAAAUCAUUAAUAAGGAAGGUCACGGACUGAAGAGCAACAAGCAGAUUGUCUACAAUGAAGACGUCCUCAUCACCAAGUCAGACCUCGAGGAGAAGAACCAGACCAUGUUGAAGCAAAAGAUGCGUCUAGAGGAGAUUGAGAUGCAGCACGAGUACCUGCUCAGUUUGAAGGAUGUGGACUACAACAAGAAGAUAAAGGACAUUUCUGACACAUAUAUUCAGGAAAUGGAGUCUCUGAAAAUGGCACAGCAGGCCAUGAAGAUGGAGAUGGAGAGGCAACAACAUGAACACGAGAAGAGGUGUGCAGACAUGGCUGAGAAACAUGCAAAAGAACUGCAGGAUUUAGAGUCAUCCUACAGCCAGAAGCUGAUUGUGGAGCAUGAGAGGUUCCUGGAUCUUCAACAUAAAUGUCAAAGCAUGCAGGACGACUAUGAGAUGCAGUUGCAGGCUGCACAGGAAAGCAAACAUGGAGCUCUGGAGGAGCUCACACAGCUGUAUGAGGCCAAGUUGCAGGCGAAGAAGAACCUCCUCACUCAGCGCGAGGAAAGAACAAAGCAGCAGGGCCAUGAAUUGAAAGAGAAGGCGAAGGAAAUAGAAGAGGAUGAGGACCGGCUGAUUAACGACAUCCAAAUGAAGUAUGAGAAGAAACUUCAUUCAGAGAAAGAGAUCAACACAGAUCUGAAGAACGAAACUAGUGUCAUGUCACAGAAGCUAUACAGUCUGCAGCGACAGAUUGAUGACAGAUGCGCUGAAAUAAACAAGCUGAAGCAGGAACGGCAGAGGCUGCUCGGGUUGGUUCGAUCCAUGGAGAGUGACAUUGAGGACCUGAAGAGGCAGAUCUCUGGGCGCGAAAAGACAAACCAGGACAAGGAUAAGACCAUCAGUAGUUUGAAGAACAAGAACCAGGAACUGGAGAAGUUGAAGUUCCUUCUUGAUUUCCAGUUAAAUGAUCUGAGGAAGAAAGUUGAGCCACUACAAGGUGACAUCAGUGACAAAAAGGAGAAACUCCAACAGCUAGAAGACGAGCUGCUGAAAAUCCACAAGGACAACUAUCAGCAGAAUCUCACCAUUUCUGACCUGAGGCAAAAACUGGAGAUCAGAAAUAAGGAGAUGCAAAAGGAGAAACAAAAGGUGAAAGAUUUUGAGACCUAUGUGCAGCGGUUCAAAGCCGAUCUCCACACUUGUGUUGACUUCAUUCAGGACCCAAAGAAACUCAAGGACAGUGUGCAGAUGCUGAAUACCCACUACGUGUCCCAGACUGAUGUGGUGGUGAAAAGCAGAGCAGAUGAAGAUGUUUACGCAGCGUUCUCCCGCCAGCGCGAACACCUCGAGAAGACAGUCACUAAUCUGAAAAUGAAGAUGACCAAAGCUGAUGCUGACCACGAGAAGAACUACGUCAAAAUCAUGAAGGAAAAUGUUUCUCUGAUUAGUGAGAUCAAUCACCUACGCAUGGAGCUAUGUUCAGCGAAGUCUCAGGCUACGGAUUUGAAAGCAACGCUGGCAAUGUCCAAGAAGUCCAAGCCACGUCCUGACUCAGAGGACAGGCCCAAAAAGGUGCCUGCAUCUAGGGACAUCAGCUAAGCAUUUAACUGCAGAGACAGAAGAGAGUCGAUGUCCUUCACGUCCAGAUGUAUCCAAAUCUUUUUUCCUCCGUGUAGCUCUUGACAUCCAUAAUUAUAGAAAACUAAUCCAGAGGACCCUUUAUUGGCUAAUAUAUGACAGACUUCAGACUCUCUGCACUGGAAGA